AUGUAUGGCAAUUAUCGUGAAACACCAUAUGCAGUCAUUGAGGAAUGGAAUAACAAUGACGGUAUAGCAAUUAUAACAUAUUUUUUUCUAUUAAUAUCGUUUGUUUUCAACAUUUUUACGCUUUGCUACAUUGGCGAACAAUUAACAAAUCAGUGCAGCAAAGUUGGAUUUGCUUCAUAUAAAAUCGAGUGGUACCAUUUACCAGGAAAAAUUGCACUCGAUCUUAUUUUAAUGAUCAGCAUAUCACAUCAUCCGAUAAAAAUUACUGCAGGAAAAAUAAUUAAUCUUUCGUUCUCAAGUUUUGGCUCUGUACUGAAAACUUCGAUUGCAUAUCUAAACAUGCUCCGAACAUUCGUUUGAACCAUGCAAG